UAUUAUGAACACCUAGUUAGGGGAAAUAUUUUGAUAGCCUAAAUAGGAAUAGAAAAAAGACACAAUAUAUUAAUUAUUUGUUUAUUACAUGUACUUGUGUCAUUCUUAUUCAGUAAUUGUAUGCGGAUGAGGAAUCUUAAGGGUUGAUGAUACUGAAUUUAUACUGACCAAUUCAUUGAUAAACAGACUGGUGACCUGAUAACUUCAUUUAUCCAGGACAUUAGAAGAGAGCUCAGACUAAACACAAAAAUCGAGUAGAAGAAACCAUGUCUCAGUUUGAUGCUUUAUUGGAUUUUAACGACACAUCCUCAGGGGAUGGAACAGUAAAGAAAUCAUCAGAUUUUGAUCCAUUUGGACCAAGUCCAACAUUGGAUGCUAAAGGGAGUAGUGAUGGUGAUCUUUUGGGUGAUUUUGGAUUUUCUGGACAGGCUUCUGUAACAACAAACGGUAACGGUCAAAGUGUGAACCCUUUAUACGAACUUUCAAUGGACCAAGGUUUCUCCACAUCUGAAUCAAAUAAUUUAAUCAUGUCCGAGGAAAUAGAUGUUUCACAGAAAUCCACAAAAUCAUCAAAUCCACUUUACGAUUUUGAAAAUAAUGACUCUACCGAGCCGUCUGCUAAUCCACUAUAUGACUUGUCUGCCGGUGAAACUAAUGGACAUGAUGUGGAUUUACUUGGGACUGGAAUUUCUGUUGUGACUGAUGAUUCUGGGGUUACCAUGGAAACCGAGACAUCAAAUGAAGGAGAUAAUUUAUUGUUGAAUACAGGAGAUAGUUUAAAGUUUGAAGUUCGACGAGAUGAAAGUCAUGAAAGCAUGAAUGGAAUUAGUGAUGAAGAUAGUGAAUUAGUUGAAAAAUUCAAUGAAGCUGAACAUCGGGAAAUAUUACAAAAACAAACUGAAAGUCUAGCACAAGGAUCUGAUGUCAUACGUGAACAAACUGAGAUCACAUUUGAUGAUCAGCCUGGAAUUCUCAUUACACAGGAAGAGGACCAAUUGAUAGAAACAAGGGAGGAUCCAGUCGAAGUUGGGGACCAGUUGGUGGAAACCAGUCAAGAUCUAGUUGAAGUUGGGGACCAGUUGGUGGAAACCAGUCAAGAUCUAGUUGAAGUUGGGGACCAAAAUGAACCAGAAGUUAUUGAAGAUGUGCAAAAUGACCAAGAUAUUACUGAGGAAACAGAAGAAAUUGUAGAAAUCACACAACAGGAAGUGGCAGCGGACACACAGACAGAACCAGAAGUGCCACAAUAUAGUGAGGAGUAUUUAGAAACUGCUGAACAAGAGGAAGAUCUAAAUCAGAAUAAUCAGCCUGACCCAGUUGAGGUCGUGCCUGAUACAUAUGAGGUGGUGUCAGACGCAGUUGAGGUUGUCACACAGGAAGAAGAAUUACAAGAGCAGGAAGUAGAAUUACAAGAACCGGAAGUCAUUCCUACUGAGGAAUUUGAAAGUAGAACUAGCAGCAGUUCAUUAGAGGAACAGAAAGAAACUACAAGCACAACUAAAACUACCACAGUCACAGAGAAAACACAAGGAACUGGAGGCUCAGUAACUUCAAGUCAAAGUGGUGUAGUAGAGAAUGGAUUUGAUGAAGGUGUGUUCAGAGAAUCAGAUAAAAAUGAAGAAGAGGUUAGUUUUGAUCAGAUGUCUUCAAUUAGGAACAAACUAGAAUCAAACCAAUCCGAUGAAAUUGUUAGAGAAAGGAAAAAAUCUGUCCAUGAGGAAAUAGCCAGUGCUGAAGGUGGGGAGUAUGAAAACGAACCAGUCAGAAAUCCAGAUGUGGUACGAGAAAGUGAUAAAGAUAUCGGAGCCGAAUUACCAGAAGUUGGAUCGGCUCAGAACAUAUUGCAAAAAUUUAAACAGAUUGAAACUACAACUAAAUCAUACAAGAGGGAGUCAACCCCACCUGAAGCCAGAGUUGCAGGAAAAGUUGAAUAUGUCAGCGAACCAAAAAAAGGAAUAGAAAAUGAACCCCAGAAAGUAGAAGGGGGUGUUUUCGAGAAUGUACCUACUAGUGAGGAGGGUGUAGUUCACUCAUAUGAUGCUCAAGAAGAGACCCUACCUGAAAAGGGAUAUGCAAAAAAUAUAAUGGAAAGGUUUAAGCAGAUUGGAACGCAAUCAGGGGAGUCAAAUCAAGGAAAAAGGGAACUGACACCAGAUCGUAACACUAAAUAUGAAUAUGUGAGUGAGCCUCGAUCUGUCAUGGAAAAAUACGAAGGAAAAAUGGAGUCCGGUAUUUUUGAGAGCCAACCAACAGAGGAUCUUCCAGAUAUUAUUCGUUCAGGCAUGCAAAAUGAAGAAGCUUUACCGGAAAAAGGAACAGCAAAAAAUUUAGCCUCCCGUUUCAAGGAUUUAAGUGAUAAAGCAGGGACAGCACAUGUGUCAGAGAGAAAAAGGGAGUUAACUCCAGAUAAAACAGGAAAAGUGGAAUAUGUCAGUGAACCAAGAUCAGUUCUUCCAAAAUAUGAAGGAAAAUCAGAAAGUGGAAUUUUCGAAAGCAGUCCUGAAGGAAAAGAAGAAAUUGUAAAAUCCGACAUGCAAGUGGAAGAAGUAUUGCCAGAAAAGGGCGCAGCAAGAAAUAUUGCUGCCAAAUUUCGUGAAAUUGAAUCGUCUAAGUCGCCUUCACCAUCUUCUACUCCUAAACCCAAAUAUAAAGAGGUGACCCCACCAAGAGAUGAUGUUGAUGGAAGAACAGUAGCAGGAGUUUUAGAGAGUACACCAACACAGCGUGGUGAUAUUGUCAAAGGCUCCGAUGGGAUGGAAUUUAAGGAAGAGGAACUACCAGAGCGUGGUAUGGCUAAAAACCUUGCAAGUAAAUUUAAACAGUAUGGACAAACACAAACCUCUCCUGCUUCAAGGGGGAAGAAAGAAUUUACACCACCUCCAGAUAAAGGAGGCAUUUUUGAAAAUACUCCUACUCCAUCUUUACAAGUUGAGGUCAGGCAGGCAGAGAGCGGUAUUUUAGAAAGCACUCCAAAACUAAGAGAUGAUGUCUCGCGAGAAGGUGAAGCAUCUGCAGGAAGUGUUGAAUUCCCAGAAGAAGGCUAUGCUAAGAAUAUGGUUUCUAAAUGGAAACAGAUGGAAACAAGUAGUGGAAAAAAUACACCCUCGCCAAAACACAAAGAAUUCACUCCACCUAGAGAUUUCCCAAUGUCUCCAAAAUCCCCCGCUGGUGUAAAUAGUAGUGUGCAACCUGGUGACCUACCUGGGCAAUAUCAGGAACAAGGAAGGCCAAGUGUGUUUGAAAGUCAUCCAACACAUUUGUACGGAGUGGCUAGAGAAGGAGAAAGCGAUGGUCCAGAAAGUAUGCCAGAAAAAGACGCAGCCAAAUCUAUGGUAGAGAAGUUCAAAGCUAUUCAAGAACAAGCCAAGAAAGCAGGAGAAACUCCAAAACCAGUAUCAAGAAAGGAUUCUACUGACAGCGGUAGUUCCCCUGUUGAGACCAGCACUAAGAUGUUUGAAAGCAGUACAGAGAGUCCAAAAAAAGGGUCCUUUGUACCUGUUCAGCUUGAGAAGUGUGCUGCAUGCCAGAAAACCGUGUAUGCAGUGGAAAAACUGGAAAUGAAUAAGCACAUCUACCACAGAGCCUGUUUUAAAUGUUCCCAUUGUAAAUGUGUACUAACGGCAAAAACGUUCUCAAUGAAUGAGGGGAUCAUAUUUUGCACAAAUCAUUUCAAACAAUUAUUUGCCAGGAAAGGAAACUAUGAUGAGGGAUUUGGUCGUCAACAGUACAAGAAAAAAUGGGUCGCUGGUGAAUCCAAUGAGGAACAAUAGUGCUUAGUGAUAGUUAUAUUGCUUAAUUUGCCUUCAUUUUGUUAUCAUGUGUCAUUUGUAAAAAGGGAGAUAACUCUAUGUAAUUUGAACUAAGGGAGGUAAUUGAUAUUUAUCUUCCUCUCAAAUUUUCACCUUCAUCAUUAAAAAAGAUAAAUGAAUACAAUUUGUGCUUAUAUCAUCUGUAUAAAAAUAACUUAUAUAUAUCUAUUAUAUAUAGUUGAAUAAGGUUUCAAAUAUAACAAUCAUAAUUAUGUUUUUGAAAAAAUAUUCUUAUUUUUUUAUUUUUUCAUGAAAUGAAGGUCAUAAUUACAUAGAAAAUAUUUCCUUAGUUUUAUGUGAUAAAACUUAAUUAAUAAAACCCACCUUUUGUCAAGAUUUUCAUUUUCAUAAUGAAUAUUCUCCUUUUUCCCUUAGUGCUCAAGUAGAUAAUGUGUAAACAUAAAAAAAGUGCAUUUUUGUCAAAUCAUGAAUUUAGAUACUCAUGUUUAGCUGAGAAUAUGUGAUCAUUUGUGAGUGAGUUUGAAACACUUGCUCUAGUCAAAAGAGAUUUUUGUCAAGUUUCAUAUGAUAAAAAGCACUGGAACAAAAAUUUUGUUAGAUAUGAUUUUCUGUUUUGUUUUUGUAUGUUUUUAUUGUACUGCUAUUUUGUAAUUGAAAUAUUAAUGGGAAGUGAAGAAUAUAUGUGUAUUUAUAAGACUGAUUAAAUCAAUUUAAGAUUAUUGUGUAAUUAUGAAAUAUGAAAAGUAUAAAGCCGAGUUUAUUAUACAAAACAACUACAGCAAAUAAAAGUUAAAAUUAAAUUGAAGAAUGCAUGGCAUUAUUCAAUGCCACAUUGCAUAAGUGUCUUAAAAAAAAAGCAUUAAUAGUCUAUCCUAUGUUGAAACAAUUUUGUUUGUUAAUUUAGGUUAAAUGAUAAAUAGAUUAUUUCAAAGUUAUUUAAUUCUUAUCACAAACUAUAUUUUAAAAAAAAGAAUAUGAAUUGCAAAUAAUUCUUCUAAUUAAAAAUGAAAUGUAUACUGCUGAUAUAAAUUAUUAUACAUCUGUAUUUUAAAUAUUGAACCAAUAAUUAUCUAAAAUAUUAAAUGUGAUAUUAAAAAUUCUCAUAACCAAGUUGAGAGACUGAAAAUAUGGAAUGAAAUAUUUGCUGAUUAAAGGGAGGUAAAUCCUAAUGAUUUUUAGUGCAAUUAAAAAAAAAUGUACAGAUUUAUGAUUUCAGUUUGUGUAUUUGUAUAUUAAAAUGACAUUUGUAGAUAUACAGUUGACUAUGCAAAAGCUUAAUUAUUUAUACAUACAUGUAGCUUUUAUUUUGUAAUCUUUGUUUUGUAAUUGUAUCAAACUUUCCAGUAUUAAAAAUUAUAGAAUUUAAAAGUCUUCGUUUUGAGAAAAAAAUCUUGAUUUUUCAUAUUUCUUUAUCAAAAAUAAAAAUACAAAGAUCUCAUGUUAUGGAAAUAAAUUUUGUCAAGCAUUCAGUUCCUUCUUUAGUUGAUAUCUUCAGAUUGUCCUCAUGUUCAAAAUUUAAAAAAAAAAGUCACAAAAGCCGAAGGCAUCAUUCAAUGAUUUAAGUAAUUUGUUUAACAGAUCUAUAGAAGUUUGCUUUAAGAAAUCAAAGAAAUUCCUCAGGUUUUUGUAUUUUUUAAUAAUUUUGCACAAAAAAUAUAAAAGUUUGAUCAACAAGUCAGGCAGAGUUGCCUAAAUGGAUACAUUAAAAUGAAAUAAGAAGUUUCUUAUUCUAAACUGCAGUUCUUUAGCUCUUUCUACAAAUAUGUCAAAUAAGCAAACACCAUUUAGCUGCUCUUUGAUAAAAUAUCCCUGCCACAGACAUUAGAAUAAUGUUGAAUGUGAUCCUCGCUAACAAAAUUUUGAAAUAUUUUACAAUAAAUACAUUUAAAUGUAAAUCUAUUCAUUAAAAAAGGGGGAUAAUGUAUGUUUAAUCAUAUUUUGAAGUAAGAUAUUUUAAUAUUUACUCCAUAAUAUGUUGGUAUUUUAUAUAUUUAUCAAACUCGAUAAAACAUGAAAAGCAUAAUUAUACCUACUUAAUAAUCCAUUCAAUUUAGUGCUUACAAUUUAUCCUAAAAAAUUUACAUCAACUGUUACCAUAGUUACCAUAGACUUGCUAGAAAAAUAUAUAGGUUACUAAAUUUGGGAAUUUCCAAACUAAAUCUUGUUUACCAAAAUUAACUGAAAUUGUGAAAGAGUUGAAAAUAUUGAAAGAUUUAUUGUUGUUGCAUCAUGUCUCAAAAUACAACACGGUGCUUUAUGCAUGUAAACAGUUGUCAUGGCAAUAAAUUUAAUAAAAAUCUAAUGCCUUG